AGCGCUGCAUUAAUUAUACGAGGGAGCACGGAAACUGCAACGCUUGACCAAUUCGACAGUAUUUGGAACGUCAACGUUCGAGGUACACUCUCUAUGAUGCAAAAAGCUCUGCCUCACUUGCGCCAAAGCAAAGGCACUAUUGUCAACGUCUCAAGUGCGGCAUCAUCCAUGUUGGUGCGUAACCUGAUGCCGUAUGGCACGACGAAAGCCGCCUUGGACCACUUGACAAGAUACGCGGCGUUUGAGAACGCGCCAUAUGGUGUACGAGUGAACGCAAUCAACCCCGGUGUGAUCAAGACCGCUUUUGGGAUGCCUCCUGACGUCAACGUACAGGAGAACUUAGAGAUUCUGGAGAAGAUGGCAGGUGGUCGGCACGCGCUUGGCCGAAUCGGAAGGCCAGAGGAGGUUGCUCGCUGCAUUGUUUUUCUGGCCUCUGACGAUGCUUCGUUCGUCACUGGGAUCACGAUGCCAGUGGACGGAGGCCUAAAGCUCAUCUCCAGUCUCACAAGUCCCGAGCCGUGGCACAAGUAACAGAAGAAUGUACGUGGCAAAACAUUUCCAGCAAAAGGCACUCAGGGCAUCCACAAAACCAACAAAAGGCAUAGUAGCGAAGAACUCUUGUUUAGAAUGAAAUAA